GAUUUAACUUUGCAUAGGUAUUAUUCGUCGCUAAGAAAGGGUUAACUGCAAUCCAAAUUGAUACAAGAUUUCUACAGAAAAUGACAGCAUUUAACCUCAAGGGAUAUUUAAAAAAUAGACAUGGCAUUGUACUACAUUUACUGGUCGUUCUCUUUGGUAUAUCUGCUUGGAUAGGUGUUAAUGGAAUAUUUGUGCAAUUGCCAAUACUCAUUAAUUGUUCUCCUGAAGGUUCAGCUUUACCAACUUAUAUAGUAAUAGCGAUACAAAUGGCUAACGUGGGACCAAUAAUAUAUAUGUUUUUUCAACAAAUGCAAUUUAAAGUUAAUGAAUUUUUUUGUAUAUUAGGAGUACUUAUCGUAGGAAAUAUUUCUAUGGCACUUUUAGUAUUUUUUUAUAAUAAAACUGUCGUCUUAUAUAAUUCGGAGUAUAGUUUGGCUUUAUUUAUUUUAACAUUUUUUACUGCACUUGUUGGGUGUUUUAGUUCUGUAUUAUUUAUGCCUUAUCUUCGCAAUUUUGACAAAACUUAUAUGAUAUCAUAUUUCAUCGGAGAAGGAUUAAGCGGCGUGUUGCCAAGUUCAGUAGCAUUGAUACAAAAUAUCGGAGGGAAUACAGAAUAUUUCACAAAUAGUAACAUCACGUCUAUAGAAAUUGUUUCUAAUUUAAACUUUACUCCGUUAUAUUAUUUUCUAUUUAUCUUUAUAGUUUUACUCUUAUCUCUUAUUGCAUUUGUAAUAUUACAAUAUUCCUCAUUUGUUCAAGAUAUCAAAGAAAAUUCUAAGGAGAAUGAGAGUAGUCGAGAUAAAAUACAAGCUACACGUUACAAUGUUAAAAAUAAGCCUAUUUCCAUUGUCGAUAAGUUAUGUUUAGAGAAUGAACUAACGGUUGAACAUCAUGAUGAAAGAAAAGAAGCAAGGUGUCUUAAUAUACAUUAUAAAAUGUCUCUCUAUAAAAAGGCAUACUUACUUAUUUUAAUGAGUUCUCUUUGUUUCUUCGGUAAUGGAUUUUUACCUAGCAUACAAUCGUACUCUUGUUUACCGUACGGAUAUAUAACAUAUCAAUUAUCUAUUACUUUAGUGCAAUUUGCUAAUCCAAUAGCAUGUAUUAUUACAUUUUUUAUUAUACCAGCAAAUAUAAAUAUCAUUCAUUCUUUAUCCGCAAUAACAUUUAUAUUUUGUAUUUAUGUUACUUACGUAGCAUUGAUGUCACCUUUCGUACCGCUGCAAGAAUCUAAAAUUGGUAUAAUAAUUAUAUUAAUAUCGUGGACUAUUCUGAUAGGUAUUAUUUCUUAUACAAAACUCGUUAUUAUCUCAAUAUUUAGACAGAUACAAAAAGUUAAUAUUCUAUUUUAUGUUGGCAUUAUUAUGCAGGCAGGUUCUGCAAGUGGAGCAAUUAUUUCUUUUACUCUAAUCAAUUUUACAGAUUUUUUCCGGGCAUAAAGAAAGACAAAAUAAAUUAAUAUAUUUUAUUCUUAAAUUCUCUCAAAUUAUUUAUCAUUUUUACAUUUUCUUUUUCUAGAUAUUUAAAGUAAAAAGAGAAAGAUAGAGACAAUAAAAAUAUUAAAUAAAUAAAAAAUAUAUAGAAUAUAUUUUUAAUGUAUUAAGAAAGACACAAAUAUUUUAGUGACGUAUAUAUUAAUAAAAUUUAUAUAUGUCUAUAGA